AGUGUAUCGGAAUCACAUCCAUGGUAACUAAGGAGAAGUGAGGGAUUGAUAAAAAGGUGAUUUUUUUAAGUAUAGAAAUGCAAAACGGGUACUGAAUUUAACAAACAUUAAGAGAAGGCAAUUCAAGUUAACACCGAACAGGUCUAUGGCUCUGCCGACCUUUUCAGCCCAUGUGCCCAGUCGGUCCCGGGUUCUGGCUGGACAGCUGGCCCGGCAGCGGGAGCAGGAGGCCCGGUGGCGGCAGCAGUGGGAGCUGCAUGCUCAGUACUUCAGACAGCAGAAUGUGUGCAGCCAGAGACAGGCGGCGUGGAGCUCCCGUCACUCCUACCAGCAGAGUAUGUCAGCAUAUCAUAAACAGAGACUGGAAGAGGAAAAGAAGGCCAGCCUGGAGCAGCGCAGGAAUCGGCUCAGGGCCAUGCUUCAAGAGGAGCAAGACCGGCUGGAGGUGGAGCUCAGGGAAGUGGUCCCUGACAGGAGCACACUGGCAAAUCAGCUGGUGCAAAAAACUGAUGAGCUUCGUAAAGCAAGGGAGGAAAGAAGAAAAAACCUUGCACAAGAGCUGCUGAGGGAACACUGGAAGAAAAACAACCCAGAGUUGCGAGAGGUUGAGUCGGCGUUACAUAAAGAUCAUGUUGUCAACCAUUGGAAGGGGCAGAUAUCUGAGAGGAAACAGCAAGAAGUGGCUGAACAGGAGGAGAAGAGACGCUUUGAAAAUGAGUACGAGAGGACCCGAAAAGAGGCACUGGAGAGGAUGAAGCAAGCAGAGGAGAAGAAGAACGCAGAGGAGAGGAAAAGGGCUGAAGAACUUCGCAAACAGAUGGAAGAACUGAAGCUGCGGGAAGAGGAGGCAACUCGUCUAAAGAAGGAGCAGGAGGCUCUGCUGGUUAAGCAGUGGGAGCUGGAGAAGAUAGAGGAGGAAAGGAGAGAGGUGGAGGAAAGGCGAAAGAAGUCUGAGAUGGGGCAUUUCUUGAUCCGUCAAUAUCGUGCUCAGCUGAAGAGGAGAGCCCAGCAAGUGCAGGAGGAACUGGAGGCCGACCGCAAGAUCCUGGCAGCUUUGCUGGAAGGACAGCAGGAGGACAGGAGGAUGGAGACUGCGCGAAGGGAAAGGGCCAUUGCUGACGCUGCCUGGAUGAAACGUGUGAUUGAAGAGCAGCUUCAGUUGGAGCGGGAGAGGGAGGCUGAGUUUGACCUGCUUCACAGAGAGGAAGCUCAACACGUGUGGGAGAAACGAGAAGCGCAGUGGGAGAAGGAGAGGAAAGCCAGAGAACGGCUCAUGCAAGAGGUGCUUGCGGUGAGACAGCAGCAGCUGGAGCAGAAGGUGCAGAAAAACCGCGAGGCUCAGGAGGAGUCCUUGAGGAGACGGGAAGAGCUGAUCCAGGAGCUGGAGCUGGAGAGGGAGCUCAGACGACAGGAGACGGUGCAAGAAGAGGGCCGCAGGACUGCACGGAUGCAAGAGAUAAAUACUCAGGUGGAGCAGCAGCACCAGCAGCGGUGGGAAGAGCAGUGCAGGAUAGAGCAGGAGGACGAGGAGAACAGGGAGGCUCUUCGGGUCCAGGAGGAGGAGCUGAGGCUGGAGAUGCAGAGGAUGGCCAAGAAAGGGUACCAGGCGAAGAUUCAUAGCAGGCCUCGAUCCGCCUGGACAUGAGCUAUCUGCAGGACAGGAAUCAGAACAGAAUUGUGAGACGUAUAUUUUUGUACAUGUAAUUAUCUUUAAUGGAUAGUUUCACAUUUAUUCAAGUGUGUCAGUCACAUGCCUGCAUGUUUAUGCCUUAGUAGUCACUACAACUGGGCUCCUUCUGUACAGGAUUGCAGUGUAAUAGAUGGGGGUUAAAAUUCAGUCCUUGUUCCAUGUAAAAAUGUUCAGACAAAGCUAAUGUGAGGUACUAGCAAUUCCCUGUCUGUUUUCUUGCUUAACUGCCAGGGAGGCGUCGGUAACACAGAGAGAGUAUUCCAUACCAACAAGAACUUUGGAGCUUUAUAAUGCAUUUUUGCCCCCAUCUCUCACACUGGAACAGUGUUUGUGAAGGGAUCUUUUCACAACCAGUAUGGAGAGGAUGGACAUUGUCAUCAACCAAUAACUGGGGUGCAGGUAGUACAGUUGGUAGAGUCUUUUAAAGAAUGAAGUAGGUUAUAUUGGGUCAUCUUGAUGUUAAUUUUAUGCUGGUUGUUUGCAUAUGUAGAAAAUAAUUGAUAUGUUUGCAUAUGUAGAAAAUAAUUGAUUUUUAUAGCUGUAUAUUUUCUAUCCUGAAUUUGUAGACUGUUUUAAUAAAAUUAUUCCAAUAAAAUCGA